CGCACCAGCUGGCGGUCCUUGUGGCUCCUCGGCAUGUCCAUCUACUCAACGCUGCUGAGCGGAGUGUGGCUGGUCACAGCCAUCGUGGAGCCUCGCUGGGGCCGCAUCGUGUCGACCAACGGGCCCAUCUCGCUGUCUUCAGCCAACGUGCUCACGGCCAUCAUCGCCAAGACCAUCGAGAUCUCCUUUGUCACCGUGGCGGUGGCCUUUGUGGGCCAGGUGCUGACGAGGCGGGCGAUUGCCACGCACCAGGGCAUGACCAUGGCCGAGGUGACGAUGCGCACGUGGAUCAUGCAGCCGGGGACUGUCCUGGCCAGCUUCCGCGCCCUCCGCUACGUGGGCCGCACCCUGCUCGGCAUCACCUGCAUCCUGGCCACGCUGGUGGCCCUGUUCUACACGACAGCCUCGGACACCAUGGUCCGGCCCAAGCUGCAGUUCAGCCGCUGGCAGCACAAGACCCUCAAGAGCACCAUCCUCGCGUCCUAUGCCAACCCCACCUACGUCCAGGACGACUGCGCCACGCCCAUCUCGACCAUGUUUGACGUGAAUGCGGGCUCGUCCUGCCGGGCCGUGCAGUACUCGGGCGACUCCUUCUCCGACUUUGUGACCUUCUUCACUACGUGGCGGGACACGCGCAACUCGAGCCUGGAGAUCAAGCAUCGACCACAGGUGCAGUCUGUCUUGUAUGACAACGUGACCAUGGUCGGGACGUGGAUCGAGACGCAGUACUCGGAUGUGCAGCAGAAUUAUCAAACUCAUCAGCGGGUGAUUAACAAUGUCUCGUUGGCGAUGCCACAUCCAGGCGUCUACAAAGCUGCCACCAACCGAACCCUCAACGGAAUCCUGCAGCCUUCCGACCUUGACGGCGUAGGCUCCUACAACAUCUCCGCAAGCGUCAUCUCCCCAGCAGUCAACGUCCUCUGCGUCAACAUGAACCAAACCGAGCUGGCGCCCUUGGUCUACACGACCUGGCCCAACGCCAUCGUCAACAAGCCCACGACAGGUGACGGGCUGGUCGGGUGGAGCGGCUGGGAGCUAGACGUGCCCGCCUUCAACAACAGCGCAGCCGACGACGACGACGCCAGCAACUGGCUCAACGCGACCGUGGUGGACGACGUCUUCAGGUGGGGCGCCCAGUACCAGCGCCGCCCGCCCGUGUUCCAGCGGUACCCCAUCGCCUUCAACACGAUGGUCAACUCGCUCAGCCCGGACUACGCCAACGCCACGGACGCCAUCUACGUCCUCAGCAAGGGCAACACGACGGCCGACUACACCCUGUGCGGGCUGCAGUCGUGGCAGGCCAUCCAGUGCAGCACGCGCUUCAACGUCAGCGGGCUGGCGAGCAUGGCCAUGAGCGUCGACUGCGCCCAGGACCAAAAGGACACCGGCAGCAGCAGCAGCAGCUACACCCUGACCCUCGACCAGGACUGGAAAACAAUGGCCGCCCUCUGGGCCCUGUCCAUCAGCCUCAACGGCGGCAUCGAGAGCAACAACGCCUCCAACGCCCGCAUCCUCAGCGAGCUCGCCCUGCACCAGCCCACCCUCAACGCCACCCUCCCCUCCCUCGCCGAGGCCCUCGCCGCCAUGGUCGCAAACACCCUCGUGACGGGGGCCAUCAACACCCCCUUCGACCCCUACUGGGACUACGACGACGACGACGACGACGACGACGCCGCGGGCACCAAGAUCCUCGCCGCCCCGGCCGAGGUCAGCUUCCACGCCCGCGUGCGCUCGCAGGAGUACGCCUCGUGGCACACCGAGCCCUGGCAGGGCGUGUUCUAUCCCGUGCUGGCCUUUUGCUUCCUCCUCAACCUGCUGUGUCUGGCCUACCUCUGCAGGGUCGGGAUCGUGCGGGACUUUCUGGAGCCGACGAGCUUGUUUGCGCUGGCGACGUCGCGGCCACCGGCCCCGGCGAUGGACCAGAGGUCGGUGCGGCUGGACCACAAGGCGAACCUGGGGGUGCCGUAUAGGUUGUCGUAUCGGGAGGAUGGAGACCAUUUUUACUUUGAAGAGGCU